AUAUUCUCUCAAACUCUUUCUCAAAAGCCAUUGGUGUCUUUCUCUGCUGCAAUCACAGAUCCGUUUUUGUUUCUCUGUUUCAUCAAAAAAUGAAUGGCUCCUCUGAUCUCACUCCUUCCGAGAGCAAACCAUCGCUCUCACAACUUGCUCCUUUAGAAGCCAUUCUCUUUGAUGUUGAUGGAACACUCUGUGAUUCUGAUCCCAUCCACCUUAUUGCCUUCCAAGAACUACUUCAACAGAUUGGUUUUAACAAUGGUGUCCCAAUCGAUGAGAAGUUCUUUAUUGCCAAUAUUGCUGGAAAACACAACUCUGAGAUAGCUCUCGGUCUCUUCCCUGAUGAUGUUGCUAAAGGGUUAAAGUUCUGCGACGACAAGGAAGCUCUCUUCCGCAAACUUGUAGCAGAGAAGGUAAAGCCACUUGAUGGGCUACUAAAACUAACCAAAUGGAUCGAAGACCGUGGACUGAAACGAGCUGCUGUGACCAACGCACCAAAAGAAAACGCAGAGCUCAUUAUAUCAAAACUUGGUUUAACUAAUUUCUUCCAGGCAGUGAUUCUUGGUUCUGAAUGUGAGUUUCCCAAACCACACCCGGGGCCUUACUUGAAGGCUCUUGAAGUGCUUAACGUGUCGAAAGAGCAUACGCUAGUGUUUGAGGACUCAGUCUCUGGGAUAAAAGCUGGAGUUGCAGCUGGAAUGCCUGUGGUUGGAUUAACUACAGGUAAUCCAGCAAGUGUGUUGAUGCAAGCUAAACCUGCUUUUCUUAUCGAGAACUAUGCGGAUCCAAAGCUGUUGGGUGUGUUGGAUGAACUUGAUAACAAAGGGAGUUCUUAGAAGUCUUGAGGAGCCUACACACGCAUGAGCAGACCUUUUAUUUUUUAUUGCAUAUUCUGCUGGGAGUUUAUGACAAUGGGAGGAGCUUCCAAGUUAUCAAAUUUAGCUGUCUUAUUUUUUACUAUUUUCUUUUUUUGACGUAUGUAACUCUUUACAUGCUCAAUAAUACUAUGUUUGCUUACCUUCAAUAAUGAUCCUAUUAUUUUUUUUUAAUGGUAAACACAUACAUUUUGUCAAUGGAAAAAAAAAUUAAAAC